AUGGGAAAUAAUAAUAGUAGUAAUACUAAAAAGAAGCCGUCAAAAACUUCGAAACCAAAACAUGAUACAUCGAAUAUAUCUCUUCUUUCACCUAAUGGUAGGAUUUCAAGAAUAUCAAAUGAACUUUUGAAGAGAAAAUUUUCUCAAAUUGAAAGUUAUUCUCUAAGAGCCUCAUUUGAUAACCUUAGUACCAUAAAUGAGAGGGGUAUAGCUCACAUUUCCAAAGGGGCCUUCAUCGGUUAUCUAGGAUUUCCUGACGAUAUUGGUGCUGGCCCUCUUAUAUAUCGUUCUUUCACUUAUCUAGCAAAUUAUCCUUCUGUUGGUCACACUAAUGCUCUUCUUACUUAUGAUGGGUUAAUAAAAGCGGUAGCUGUCUAUUGUAAUUUGACUGAAGAUAUAAUUAAUGAAGAUCGAGUAAAACUUCUUUUUGACUCAUUUUCCAUCUCUGAUAAUGACAUACAUAAUGAACAAAAAGAUCCUUCAAUUUCUUCUGAAUCUUCAAUUUCUCAAAUCCCUCAAUUAGUAACUCCGGAAGAUACCGAAUUCUUAAAAGCUAUUGGAUUUUAUGAAACCGACCAUUCUAAAAUUUCAAAAGUACGAAAACAAGAUAUGGUUAAAAUAUUAACAGGUCUAAUAUGGCUUAUGUCAAGUGAAAUGUCUUCAAUUAAUGCAAGUUCGGAAGAAUUAAAACAAAAUUUAAAAAAAAUCAUUUCCCCAAAAUUUAUUAAUCAAAUUCAUGAAGAUGCUGUACAUGUCGUUGAACAUAUGGUACGAUAUGAUAAUAGCACAAAUAUAAAAUCAGAUCAAGUAAUUACUUGGUUAACAUUCAGUAAUUUCAUUGAAAGAAAUGCUCCAAAUAUAUUUAGAGGAUUUUUACCUUUCAUUUACGGACAAUUUUUAAUAGGGCUUACGUUAUCUCAACAAAGGAGUGAUACCUUAUUUCAAGGACCAAAAGUUCAAUAUUGGCCAAAAUUAGAUUUACAUUCAGAUAUAUUAAAUCAGAUGAAUAUGGGAUUAUUAUCUUGGAUGUUACCUGAAAGUGUUAUAAAAAGACGUUAUUGGAAUUGUUUAUACAGUAGUAGUAAACAUGGUUUUAGUAUGAAUCGCUUUCAUAGAAAUGUAUUUAAAUAUCCAGGUCCGACUCUUAUGUUAAUACAUGCCGAUAUUGAUAUAUCCUCACAAAGACGUAAAUCUGUUUCAUCAAUUUCUUCAGGUGCUGGUAAAAAUGAAGUCAUGGCAACUUCAAAAAAUAAAAAACACGUAAAUACUUUAUUGUUAGGAGCUUAUGUUGCUGAUCCAUGGAAAUCAACCUCUAAUCCAAAAACCUGUUUUGGAUCAGAAGAAUGCGCACUUUUUGAAGUUUUGCCAGUGUUUGAGAAAUUUCCUGCUACAAAAUUUAAUUCAAAUUAUGUUUAUUAUAAUCCUUCGUUUGGUAUUGGUUUUGGUGGUAUAGCUACGUCAAGCAUAACUUCCAACGUGAUAACAACUUCGGAACGAAAUUCUUUUUCACUUCAAGUUGAUAAUACACUUCAAUUUGGUCGUUAUCGAAAUGAUGCUGCUCAUCAUGAAGUAAAACCGACAUAUCGUUUAUCGGCUACUAGACAGUACUUUGAUAUACCAUUUGAAGUUAUAGAGAUUGAAGUAUUUGGAUUAGGUGGUGAUUUAGCAAAAGAAAAACAAGAAAAAGAAUGGGAAUGGGAAGAAGCCGAAGCAGCCAAAAGAAGUGGUUUUAAGAGAAGUGGUAACAAAGAAGAAGACAAAGAAAUCCUCAAGUUGGCCGGUAUUAUUGAUGAAGACUCCCGAAAAGAAAUCCAAAUUUGGGAAUCUUAA